GAAAAAAGAAAGCAGGGCAGCAGAGGAAAGGAAUUAUAUUAAAAAAAAAAAAAAAUACAGAUUUCAUCUUCACUUCUCCACUCGGAUGCGCGCGUUUAUCUCCGGCGAAGUAGAGUAGAGAAGAGGAUCUUUCAGAAGAUACGUCGUCUGCUGAUUCUUCGACUGCUAUUUCAUUGUUUUGGUUUUUGUUGAGGACGGUAGGAAGAUUUCGUCAUUUUUCUCGAGUUCGAUUUGUUGGCCUGGUUCUAGGGUUCAGAGUAGGAUCGACAGUCCUGGGGCUGCGGUACUCCCAUCGGGCUUUGAUCUGCGGUGGUAGGCUGGAGAAGGCGUGGAUUUGGUAUAUGGUCGUGUUUUGGAGUGGCGAGAGCUGUUGAUGGUUUUGGAGUGUUUCGGAGAUGGCGGAACGGCGGUCGAAAGCAACGGCGGCGGAGGGGGUUAAUGGGAUGGAUGUCGGGAUUGAGGAUGUAGGAGAGUCCGAGGAGCUGGAUCUGCGUUUGUCGAUCGGGCAUUGGGGAUGGAGUGGUGCAUCUUCGUCCCUGGGCAGGAGGAGCAGUUGGCUCUCACCCUUUGAGUUGACUGUUGGGAGUUCUAGCUGCUCGGAAGACUUGGGUUUUGGAAGCAGAUUAGAGCAGAAUCCUGGGGAGGAAAUUACUGAAGAAAUGGAGGGCGUGGAGUUGGAUGGGUCAGAUUUCCAUGCUGCGGAGAGAAUUAGCAGCGAUGACAUGGACAGGGAUGCUCAGCAUAAGCGGGCUAAGAUUCUUUUUGACGAAGAGGCACACCUUAUUGCAACACCUUUAUUUGCUGAUGAAACGGCUGCUCUGCCUGCUAUUGAGAACUACAUUGAUUCUCAUACUUUGGGUUCAUCUGGAAGUCAGAUGAUGGAUUACUGCCAUAACAUAGAUGCUGUUAGAAUUUCCGAACUUUCUAAUGGUUCUCAGAAUGAUGGAGGCGAAACUGAUACUGGCAAUGUUGAUAAUUCAGAGAAUAGAAUGGAUCUCACUGAGGAUCUUUUGCAUCUGGUGCAGGUUUUCUCUUUUUUAAGCCAAAGGGAUCUCUGCAAAGCUGGUGCAACUUGCAAACAGUGGCUGGCUGCAAGUAUGCAUGAGAAUUUUUGGAGUUGUCUAAAUUUGGAAGAUGCAGAAGUCACUCUUGAAAAUUUUGAAGCUCUUUGUCACCGCCAUCCAAAUGCUAUUAAGGUUAAUUUAGUUGGAGUGCUUAAUGCUGAAAUGCUUGUUUUAGAAGCCAUGACAUCUCUCAGGUGCCUUGAAACUUUGUAUCUGGGGAAAGGACAACUUGGUGAUGGUUUCUUCCAAGCUUUGACCGAUUGUCCUGCAUUGAACAGUUUAAGUAUUUAUGAUACCUCUUUUGGUAAUGGCAUUCAAGAGAUAUCUGUACACCAUGAUAGACUACAUGAACUCAAGAUUGUCAAGUGUCGUGUACUUCGUGUUGCAAUUAGAUGCCCUCAACUUCAAACUUUGGUACUAAAGCGCACCAGCAUGGCCCAUGCAUUGCUUAGUUGCCCCCAAUUAGAUGAAUUGGAUCUGUCCUCCUGUCACAAGCUAUCUGAUGCUGGAAUUCGCUCAGCAGCUACAUCAUGUCCUUUGUUGACAUCUUUGGACUUAGCUUUUUGUUCAUGUACUAGUGAUGAGACACUGCGUGAAAUUGCUCUCGCCUGCCCUAAUAUUUGUGUCCUUGAUGUUUCAUACUGCCCAAACAUCUCACUUGAGUCUGUUAAACUGCCUAUGUUGACAAAUCUGAAACUUCACAACUGUCACGGCAUAACUUCUUCAUCAUUGUGUGCUAUAUCUCAUAGUCGAAUGCUAAAGGCAUUACAGCUUGAUAACUGCAGUUUGCUAACUUCAGUCUCAUUAGAUCUACCACAUCUACGGAGUAUCAGUCUUGUCCAUUGCCGCAAGUUUCUUGAUCUAAAUUUGCGGAGUCAAGUACUGUUAGAUGUGAAGGUCUCUAACUGUUCGCUGCUUCAGCGCAUUAGCAUAGUGUCAGAUGCACUUAAGAAAUUAGUGCUUCAAAAGCAGGAAAGUCUAGCCAACUUAUUGCUACAAUGUCACAACUUGCAAGAAGUUGACCUUAGCGAUUGUGAAUCUUUGACGAAUUCUGUGUGUGAAAUUUUUAGCGACGGCGGAAGUUGCCCUAUGCUUAAAGUAUUGGUCCUUGACAAUUGUGAGAGCCUUACCGUGGUGAGACUCAACAGCUACUCUCUGGCUAGUAUUUCUCUUGUUGGUUGCCGUGCUAUGAAUGUGCUCGACCUUUCAUGUCCAAAUCUUCUGAAGAUUAAUCUUGAUGGUUGUGAUCAUCUUAAAGAAGCAUCCUUAUGUCCCGUUGGUCUAGAAUAUUUAAAUUUGGGAAUAUGUCCAAAAUUAAAUGCUCUACAGAUUGAGGCACAAAAAAUGUCAGUAUUGGAAUUAAAGGGCUGUGGCAUGCUAUCUCAGGCGUCAAUUAGUUGUCCAAGUCUUACAUCUUUGGAUGCUUCUUUCUGCAGGCAAUUUACGGAUGACUCUUUAUCCAGUACAGCAGCUUCAUGUCCUCAGAUUGAAUCUUUGAUCCUUUCAUCAUGCGUAUUAAUAGCGUUUGAUGGGCUUUCUUCGUUGCACUGGCUUCAAUAUCUUACCCAGCUUGAUUUGUCAUACACAUUUUUGGUGAAUUUGCAGCCUGUUUUUGAUAGUUGUUGUCAGCUGUUGAUCUUGAAACUUUCAGCAUGCAAGUGCCUAGAGGAUUCUUCUUUGGAUGCUCUUUAUAAUGGAGGUGCACUACCUGCCCUUCGCGAGCUGGAUUUGUCUUAUUCUUCCAUUGGCCAGGCUGCCAUUGUUGAUCUUCUUGCUUACUGUAGAAAUUUAGUCAAUGUGAAUCUGAAUGGAUGUGCAUGUUUGCAUAAACUUGCUUGGGGUUCUACUGAAUUCCAGUCAACUGGUAUGAAGAUUGGUCCUACAUUAUCAAAUUUGCUUCCUCUGGGAAAUGGUGACAUAUCAUGCAAUAAGUCGGACCAUCUUUUGGAGUUUCUCAACUGUACCGGCUGCCCAUAUCUUAAGAAAGUUGUAAUACCGUCAACGGCUUGUUGCUUCCGUUUAACAAAGUUAAAUCUGAACCUAUCAGCAAAUCUAAAAGAGGUUGAUCUAGCAUGUCCCAAUCUCAGCAGUCUCAACUUGAGCAACUGCAGCUCACUUGAGAUUUUGAAGCUUGAUUGCCCGCGUUUAACCAAUCUCCAACUUUCGGCAUGUAGCAUGCUAUCAGAAGCAGCAGUGGAAGCUGCUAUAUCAGGAUGCUGCAUCUCGGAGCCACCUAAUGUCCACUCUUCCACAAGGGUGAGAUUGCUCCAAAGAAUAACUGGAACUUAAUAUGUGGCUUUAUCUUCCUGGAAACUUUGCCACCGUUAGAUCAAUCCUUCUGUCUGAAGCUGUUUGUUAAUUUUUUUUUGAACUCCUUAUUCUGGAUGUAUAUUUAUUUCUUCACUUGAACAGAUACUAUGUGUGUCAGGCUAGCUUAUCUGGACUUAUCAGCAUAUAGUUUGCAGCUCUCUACAUCUAUAUUUUAAGCUUUUAUUUGAGUUAAUUUUUUUCAUGGUUUGCUUAUUAUAAGGAGUGCUAUAACAUAGUUACUGGUGGUUGUGCUUGUAAGUAGAGGCCAGAUUCUGAUGUUUGUCUUGUACUUAGCCUUAUUUGUCUGUUGUAUUGGCUAUAUAUAGUGCAGAAGUGAUGUGCAUAGUUGUUCA